CCGCCCCGCCGCCGCACGCGGCAGGCCUGACCCACCCGCUCCAGCCCCCCCCAGCUCCAUGGCGAGGACGGACCCCUGACGCCAGGCUCGCCCGCGGGCCACAGGAGACGGAGCCGGGCACGGCCCGGGGAGAUGCCCUCGGCGGCCCUGACAGCAUCGGGUCCUCCCUGACCCUGCCGCCGCCCUGAGCAUCCCGUCCCCCAUCCCGAGGGCAGGGAGAGAGGCGGGGGCCUCCCCCCGGGGCCGGCUGCCAAGAUGGUGAUGUCCCAGGGCACCUACACCUUCCUCACCUGCUUCGCGGGCUUCUGGCUCAUCUGGGGCCUCAUCGUGCUGCUGUGCUGCUUCUGCAGCUACCUGCGGCGGCGGGUGAAGCGGCAGCAGGAGGAGCGGCUGCGGGAGCAGAGCCUGCGCGCGCUGGAGAUGGAGCCGCUGCACUACGAGGGUUACGGGGGCAGCCCCCCCGGCAUCGCCAUUCCCCACCGCCUCCGCCUCGAGCCCCACCAUCACCAUCACCACCCCCACCACAUCCCGCCCCCCCGGCCCUGGAGCUGCCGGCACGGGGUCCGGGGGGGGCUUUGCCUUGCAGAGUCAGACCUGUCAAAGCCGCCGUGCUAUGAGGAGGCGCUGCUGAUGGCGGAGCCCCCCCCGCCAUACAGCGAGGUGCUGAUGGACACGCGGGGGCUCUACCGCAAAAUCAACGCCCCUUUCCUGAGCCAUGAGCGGCUGGAGAAGCAGGAGCAGCCUCCCAGCUACAAACCCCUUUUCCUGGACGCCGGCUACGGUUCAGCGCUGCACCUGCCCCGCUCAGCCAGCCCCGGCCCUGCCUGCCCGGACCUCUACCUGCAGCAGGAGUGCUCCCCACGCAUGUUUCCCAGCUGGACGGACUCGGAGCUCAGCAGCAGGGACACCUACGAGACGGGACCCUGGCACCUCCCGGUCUCCAUGCCCCUCUUCGGCAGGACUACCGCUGUCUAAGGCGGCCGCGGGGGAUGCCCGGACCUUGCCAUGCACCUGGGGGUUGGGGGGGUUUCGGUUGCUCGUGUCACCCCAGGGACACCCGCCCCGGCGCGGGCCAUCGCCGCCGGCGCGGAAGGGGCUGGUUCCCCGUCUGGCCCCCGCCGGCCCCCCCAUGGCCGGGGGCGCUGGGGACCCGGACUCUGCUCUGUUUCUUAAAUUUUUUGUUUGUUACAGUUUGAGAAUAAAAGUUUGUGGCUCG